GACGCAGCGGGGAGCCCGUCCCGCCCGAGCUCCUGGAGUGGGACCUCGAGCCCAUCAGUUCGUCCUUCGAGCAGGCGGCGUCGCUGCUCUCGUCGGAGGGCCUCACUAUCCUGACGAACCUGCCUGCGCUCGCUGGGGAGGAGCAGAGUGCGAACGACCAGCAUCCCGGGCCUUCCCACGGAUACGACUCGCACCCAUGGCCAGCUCGAGGAUACGACCCACAGCCUGCAUCUUCGUUGGGAUAUGACCUGCAGCAAGGUGCGACCCAGAGGUACGGCCUGCAACCUGGUUCUUUUGGAUACGACAUACAGCAAGUUUCUGCACACGGAUGCGACACGCAGCCGAGUUCUAGUAUCGGAUACAAUACACAACAUGGCGUCUUGUUCGGAAGUGAUCUACAACCCAGUCCUUCCCUCGGAUACGACCCACAACCUGGUGUUGCUCAUGAAUUCAGCUCACAGCCUGGUUCCUCCUCUAACAACAACGUACUACAAGGUUCUGCCUACGGGUAUGACCUAGUGCAAGGUGGUGUCCACGGGUAUAGCGCACAGCACGACCAGUGUCCCGCGCCCUCCCACCAGCACGACGGGCACUCGGAUUCCCAGCCCCUGGGCGCCUCGCCCUCCCUUAGCUUCGCUUCCGAGGCCAGCUCGACCAGAAGAGGCUAUCGCCACCGACACACGCGGCAAUUCCUACAGGACGCCGAGCAGCGCGCACAGCGAACGCGCGUCCUCAACAACGAAGCGUCGAUUCUGUAUCGGGCAAAUAUGCGCGCCAGGUUCGAACAGGUACAGCAGGAACUGGACGACCUCGAGAGAAGAAACCAGCAUCUCUCACAUAGAUUUCGUCAGCUACAGCGGAUGCGAGAUAAAUGCAAGAGAAUACUGGAGUCACUGGAUGUCUCGGUGCCACGCAGCUGAUGUCAGAGUUAGUCGAAGUUAAACCGAAAAGGCUUUAUUCUGUUAGUUUUAUUAUCGGUUAGAUCUUAAACGUUUCAUUCAUGAUAUGCACAGGUUCGACUCAGCUCACGAUUGGUGUUUUAUGAAUGAGAACAAAAGAUAAUACCAUGGAGAAUCAAAGAACACAAGAGAAAGUAUUAGAGGGAAGGCCAGAUAAAGUUCAUGAAAGAUGGCUGACGAAUUUAAACAUACCACGUAAAGUACUCGAUUGCAUGUACAGGCCCCAGUAUAUUGAGAAUCU